AUGGAAAGAGGAAAUUUAAAAUCACUGAAAUUAUUUGCAAUUGGUGCAUUUAUAAUGAUUGUUUACAUCGCAUUUAUUUUACGUAUGUUUUCAAUUAAAAGUAAGAUUUUGCUUACGUUAGCAUCAAUUUUCUCACCUCUAUUAGCAACGAUCGUUUCAUUUUCAUUAGCACAAUGGUUUGGAAUAUCAAUCACAUCAAUUAAUGGCUUUAUACCAUUACUAAUGAUUGGAAUCGGUGUUGACGAUGCAUUUCUUUUAAUUCAUGCCUGGCAAGAUUGUGCCUCAAUUUCAGACAAGCGAAACCGUAUGGCAAGUGUGAUCACUGCAGCUGGGCCAAGUAUAAGUAUUACAACAAUUACUAAUAUUCUUGCAUUUGCUGUUGGCGCAAUUACUGCAUCACCUACGAUGAGUUCAUUUUGCUCAUGUAUGUUAAUAGCAAUUACAUUAGAUUAUAUCUUUGAAUUGACCAUUUUUGCCCCAGUACUUGCUCUUACGACAAAAUUUGAGCGCGGUGAUCAAUCUGAAAAUCGACAAUCAUUUUGCUAUUCGUCACAGUGUUGGAUUUUACUUUCUCGAUUUGUUAUUUCUAAAGUUGGCCUAGUGACUAUUGCUUCUGUGCAAAUAAUUUUGUACAUUGUUGCUACUGUGGGUAUAAUGCAGAUGAAAGCAAACUUUGACCCCACCAGAGCAUUCUCGUCUGACUCAAAAUUAAUUACAUGUGUAGAAAUUGUUAAUUCCAUUUAUCGUGAGUAUGUUCCGACAGUUUUCGUUGUCAACAACCCACCUGACAUUAGCAACAGUACACAGUAUGAUGAGUUCAUGGAGUUAGUUGGCAGACUGGAAGAACUUCCUUCGUCAUACGGACCAGAGAGGACGUUACUGUGGCUGCGAGACUAUGUCAAAGUAACAUUUUCCACUUAUUUUCCUAAUAUUGUGGGUAACUGA